AUAAAACUCCGAGAGCUCGUUAGAUCCCCCCACAACACGGACUUGGAGAUACAUCUCCGUCAGGCCGAUCCCGAAUCCUACCGUGCGGUUCUAAAGGAGAUCAAGAACAAGGACAUACAUAAUUUAGUCAUCGACACGAAACCGUCGAACAUGCAACACUUUCUCAAGGGGAUUUUGCAACUUCAGAUGAACGACUACAAAUACCAUUACAUUUUCACGACGUUCGACCUGGAAACUUUCGAUCUCGAAGACUUUCAGUACAACUUCGUCAACAUGACGUCGUUUCGAGUCGUCGACACCGAAGAUCUGCACAUAAAGGAGAUACUGAGGGGGAUGGCGAAAUUUCAACCCACCCCGAACACGCCGAAAUUAAAUUCCUCGUUCAUAAAGGCGGAAGCCGCGCUGAUCUACGACUCCGUGUUCGUCUUCGCCGUCGGACUGCAGACCCUCGAGCAAUCGCACUCCCUGAAAAUUUCGAACGUGUCGUGCGAACGCGAACAGCCCUGGGACGGCGGACUGAGCCUCAUCAAUUACAUUAACGCGGUGGAGUUCAAAGGCUUAAGUGGACCGAUCGAAUUUAAGGAAGGCCGACGGAUCGACUUUCGACUUGAUUUACUAAAACUGAAGCAGCACGCUUUAGUUAAGGUCGGCGAAUGGAGCCCUGGGGCAGGGGUGAACAUUUCCGACCAUGCCGCCUUCUUUGAUCCCGGUUCCAUGAACGUAACGCUAAUUGUAACGACGAUACUCGAGAUGCCGUACGUAAUGAUGCAUCCGCAAAAGAAUUAUAGCGGCAAUAAUCGUUUUUACGGCUUUUGCAUUGAUGUUUUGGAGAUCGUCGCACGAGAGGUCGGAUUUGUGUACCUCGUGGAAUUAGUGCCCGAUAGAAAGUACGGCGUUAAAAAUCCGACGACGGGCGAGUGGAACGGCAUGGUUGCUCAGUUAAUGCAGCAUGAGCAACCCUACGUAAUGCUUAGACCGCAAUCAAACCUCACGGGCAACGCUCGAUACGAGGGAUUCUGCAUAGACCUGUUGAGGGAAAUCGCCUCGAUGGUCGGAUUCGACUAUCGAAUUGAAUUGGUUCCCGAUAGCAAAUACGGCGUCAUCGAUUUGGAGACGGGAGAAUGGAAUGGAAUUGUGCGACAGCUUAUGGAUAAGAAAGCGGAUUUGGCGGUCGGAUCGAUGACGAUAAAUUACGCGAGGGAGAGCGUAAUUGAUUUCACAAAGCCGUUUAUGAAUCUCGGAAUAAGCAUACUUUUUAAGGUUCCCACAAGUCAACAGGCGCGUCUAUUCUCCUUUAUGAACCCGCUGGCUAUGGACAUAUGGAUUUACGUGCUGUCCGCCUACAUGCUGGUCUCACUAACCAUGUUUGUGGUGGCCAGAUUCUCCCCAUACGAAUGGCAUAACCCGCACCCUUGCGAUUACGAAAACGAAAUUAUCGAAAACCAAUUCUCGUUCGCCAAUUCGUUUUGGUUCACGAUUGGCACGUUAAUGCAACAGGGAUCGGAUCUCAAUCCGAAGGCCACAUCGACGAGGAUAGUCGGCGGAAUUUGGUGGUUCUUCACGCUAAUCAUUAUAUCAUCGUACACGGCGAAUUUGGCCGCGUUUCUAACCGUGGAACGAAUGAUUACACCGAUUGAGAACGCCGAAGAUUUGGCCGGACAGACGGACAUUCCUUACGGCACGUUGGAAAGCGGAUCCACUAUGACAUUCUUUCGGGACUCGAUGAUAGAAACCUACAAGAAAAUGUGGCGUUUCAUGGAGAAUCGCAAGCCGUCCGUAUUCGUAGGCACUUACGAGGAGGGGAUACAGAAGGUCCUCGACGGAAAUUACGCGUUUCUUAUGGAAUCGACGAUGCUAGAUUACGCGGUUCAGCGCGACUGUAACUUAACGCAAAUCGGCGGAUUACUCGACUCGAAGGGUUACGGAAUCGCGACGCCAAUGGGAAGCCCCUGGAGAGAUAAGAUAUCGCUCGCAAUAUUGGAGUUGCAGGAGAAGGGCGAAAUCCAAAUGCUUUACGAUAAGUGGUGGAAGAAUACGGGCGACACGUGCUCGCGGAACGAUAAGGGUAAAGAGUCGAAAGCGAAUUCGUUGGGGGUGGAUAAUAUCGGCGGUGUUUUUGUGGUUUUGCUGUGCGGGCUGGCGUUCGCCGUUAUUGUGGCGAUCUGCGAGUUUUGUUACAAUUCGAAGAAGUCGGCUUUGACGGAAAAGCGCUCGAUGGGCGCGCCGCAGCAGUCGCUGUGCGCCGAGAUGGGCGGCGAGCUCUGCUUCGCUUUGAGAUGUAGGGGAUCGCGUCAACGGCCGGCGUUGAGAAGGCAGUGCUCCAAGUGUAUGACGGGUGCUACGUACGUCUCGGCCGUUUUGGAUAUUCCGCCGUAUCCACCACAUCCGCCCACUCGAGCGCCACCUAUUAGCGAAUUACGAAAUAAGGAUCCCGACCUCUCGUUCGAAAUGCACCACAACGCUCUUCAUCACGACUCGCUGUUACAUUCCAAUUAGGUACCUACUUUAAGUGUUUUUAAAGAAGAAACUCGAAGUUUGAGGCACAAGAUCGUCGAUUACCGUCCUUCCACAAUCCUCUGCCUUAAAUUAACGCCGUAGAAAUUUUAAUUGUGUGAACUGUAAAUAACAUAAUUAUUGUAACGCCAUAUUGUGAUAAAUGUUUGAAAUACAUUAGCGAUUAAGUAAACGUUUCGAAGUCGCUUAAAAA